AUGGGAGGACUUUCGGAAACUCAUACAUCUGAGAGUUCUGACAGGAAACAAAGCAGGACUAGUUUCUACGGAGCGAGAGCUGCCUUUUGGCCACGUCAUCUUCAUCAUUUGAAGUACAUAUACAAACUGGAGACUUAACCCCCGGGGAUCCUAAAUCUACUGGUGAGUUAUACUUUUUAGUGCUGUGGCAGCACGGUAGGCUGGCUCGGCAGACCCAGGUCUUUGCCGGCGCCGGUCGUUGCACCUACGGCCCAUAAAUUUGCCACGGAGCGUGGCGGGAGGCCUUUACCUCCCCAGAGAGAGUUGCACACCAACGUCCGGGUGUCGUAACCCCUCUCGCGGCUCGGCCGGUGUUCGUGCACCGUCGCCCUACGAGUCAAUCAACCGGCACCCGCGAGGUUUCGGGUGCUCGCUCUUCGCGUCGGACGCUUUGGUCCGGGGCGCUUUGGCCCGGGUGCGCGGCUAAUCCCUCGGCAGUAGCAGGCGUUGUCCCCCCGCUGGGGGACAAGGUCACUUUGAACCUCCAGCCCUUUGGGCCAUCCUUUCUCGACGCCUCCUUGGUGCGCCUUCCAUCCUUUUCCCGACGACUGGAGGUUCAGAACCGCCAGGUGCGUACGUUUUUUGUACCCGGUACUGCUUUGAGUGCCCCUGAGCCGCUGCUACUGGCGCUCUUUGGCGCUAGGGCCGUCACCUUUUUGGUAACGGUAUUCUGUUGAAUCCGCCCUUUCUUCUGUAGCUUCUGCUUGGGGGUGAUCUUGAUCGUCCGCUUGACCAAGGUGUCCUCUUGGACCGCCUUGGGCUGCACGAAGACGCGCGGGGGUGGACCCCCCCCCGAGGGCCACCGCCUGCGCAAUCCGUGCAGCGGGAUGAAUUCCGAAGCCUCCCACGUUUUGUGGUCGGCUGUGUACUCGUCCCACAUUUUGCUGGACUGUUCCCAGCCCAUGUGGGUGAGGAAUUCAUCCUCCUUCACGGAGAUUUUCCCUUGCUCCCACUCGCGUCGCGUUGCCAAUGCGAGUCCUCUCCUGCAGCUGUGCAGCGUGCCGCUAAUUCCCUUCGCCAAGCUACUUAUCCUGGCCUUGCCUAAUGGGAAAUCAGAUCUCAUAACAGCGCCUUCGCCGUGCAUCGGGCAAAAGCGACUUCGUGCACCAGCUGUUUUUGCGUUGGUGUCGCAAUUGCAGUGGAUUUCUAUUAUCCUACCGCGUUGUUUGCGGAUUUUGUCUUCGGAUAUGUGGAUGCGCCACACGUCUCCUUUUUUGGAGAUGUCCGUGUCGUCCACCGCCGCGAUGCUGUCGCCCCGCAAUCCCGAUAGCGCCCAAAGGAGGACCAUUUUUUGGUCUUUUGCCUUUAGCGCCUCGAGCUUCGUACCCGGUAGGAAAGGCUUUGCUUUCCUCGGGUUGUGGUCUUGGAUUGUUCGUUCAAUUGCCUUUUCCACGUCCCCGAUGUUUCGGAGAAUGGCGGGGCUUUCGACUAGCCGCUGCGGGCCAUCCGCGGGUGGCGGUUCUACCAGCCACAUGAUGAUGCUGGAUGUGUACUGCGCGACUGAGGUGUAUUCAUUGAACACUAGGAAGGCGGCGAAUCUUUGCACCGCCUCCGGCCUCACGGGUAGCUUUUCACCCUUGGCCGCUAGCCAGUCGAGGAAGAAGGCGACUCGCGACUUUUUGUUUCUAGUCGUGGAGUCGGCUUCUCCCAUGGCGCGCAGCUCGUCGUCGUUUAGAUCGACAGCUUUGCGCAGUGCGUCCGCCCGCUUCGACAUUUAUUUAAUGUUACUUUUUUAUUUAUCUCUCGCUGUUGUUCCCUCUAACGUUCUUUUUAGUUUUUAUUUAGUUAGUUUGUUCUCUCGUCCUUACUUACUUUUUUGUCUAGGCUGGUUCGUGCGGCUGCUUAGGCGAACCUCCACCAUGGAUCUUGGCCUCCUGCCGUAUCUCAUGAAGUGGUCUCCCCAGCCUAGCUUCUUUACUUACUCGUAACUCCUUCCCACUCUGUUUUCCCUCUUUUUAGCUUGACGAGAUGUAACACGUCACUCCCUCGAACACUGCGCCGCCGCCGCCGCGUUUUCCCUUUCGGCCACCAGUCGUCACUGGUGGUUUGAUUUGUUUCCUCCCUCUCAACUAGAGUGUUUUUUACUCUGUCAAAAAGGACGAAUUUAUUGUUCCGCCACUAACUUAAUAAUGGUCCGGUGCCCCUGGUAAUUUGACCAGAGGGCUUAUGGCGAAUGCUUUUGCAUUCUGUUUUUCGAGGAUUUGUUGUCCUCGAGGCCGGUAGCCUUUUUCUUCCAGCUAGUCGCGUUCUAGCUUGUGCGUGGCUCCUUCCACCACACCGCGAGGGAGCGUUUGCUCCCAACGUGCUCCUUCACGUCUCUCCCCAAGAGGAUUUUUCCCUCCAUCACUCUCGAUUUAUCGGCGUCGAUCGCGUGAGCGGCUGUUUUUGCGCUCGUUCGAUCGCUUCGAUUUGUUGCGGCCACGAUUGUCUUUUUCGCGACUGUCGUUGCGAUGCCGUUGUCCCAGCGGAACCGCGUUUGCGUCGCUUCGCUGGGGUCCUUUCGGUUGGCGGCGUGUUCGGCCGUUUUUGGCCUUCAUCGCCUUCAUCGGCUGGACUUUCGGUUUUACGAAGUCUUUCGGGUGGCGGAUUGCUUCCUUGUCCUUCGCUGCCGCUCGUUUUGCCGCUGUGCCGGUUGGCUGCUGGUUGAUGUUUCGCCCUGCCAACCGGGCCGAGAAGAGGACUUCGGCCAGCUCUUUUUGCGAGCGGAUCACUUCUGCCCACGUUCUCUUGGCGAUAGUGAUGUCUGGGGGAGGACGGUUGCGGUCGAUGAGGUGGUGGUGUGUGCAUUCCAGGUGUUGAGCGUCGUUGCGACAGCCUGACUGCACCGCAUGCGCUUUGUGCGCGUGGAACCAGUGGCAUACCGCCGGCGGAAGCAUGAGUCCCAUAUUUUUCAGGGACUUCAAUGCGGACGGCUCCACUAAGCCGGUUUGAGGGAAGUACACGUAGUAUGUGGUGCGUGUUCCUCCCUUCGCGUUUCGGCGCUCGGCUAGCACCACGUCGACACGUUUGUCGAGGCGGCGGUUGUGGACUGGGUCCAUGGCCGGGUUGAAAUCUGUUUUUUCCAGAUCCAAACUCUCCAACCAAGUGUCGCUCGGCAUGGUUGUGCCCGUGUCGUCGUCCCCGCCGCUGUCGGCGUCGCUGCCGAACGGGUUUUGCGGGCCUUCGCUCGCCGAUCGCUCUCGCGAUUCGCUGCGGCGGCGGCUGUGGCUACGAGAGCGCAGUGUGACUGUCACACGUUCGCUUCUCGGCUUGCCUAAGCUCGCCUCGGCGUCUCGCAUGGAGAACAUUUCAUUUUUGAUUUCCUCCAUGUUCUCCUUGAAGAACGCUUUUUGGACGGGCGGUUUGAUUUUUCCCCCGUCUUCCUCGUCCGUGUAGCGCGCCUCGUCGAUGAGGUGGAGACCGAAGUGGUUGUACCAGGCCAGCAGGUUGAACAUGUAUCUGUUCACCAGCCCGGUCUCCCAGCGCUUCAUCUUCUGCUGGAGCGCGUCGAGGCUGCGGGAGCCUUCCUUCAUGAAUCCCAAGAACACCAUCAUUUUUUUGAUGGCGAUUUCUGGGAAGUUCUCGUUGAACUCGGUCAUGAAGUCGAAGGGCUGCAGGUCGGUGGCGCCGUUGAUGGCGCUUUCCACGCGGCGCAGCGUCUCCCAGCACUGGUCCAGGUUGCAUCUGUCCCAGUAGUCAGCCGGGACGCUGGCGACGACCUGUUUCCGGACCAGGUUCUGGAACGCGCUGUUUGUGCGCUGCAGGUUGUCUCCGUUAAAGCCUGCGAUGGCGCAGUUUGAGACCUUGGGUUGGUUUUUUCCCACCUGGGCUUCGCCCCAGAUGCCUGCGGCCGCGUAUGCUCCGAAGAGCAGCGCCAGCGCCUUUUGGUUGAGGCGUUGGCCUGCCGUCGUGUUCAGGACGCUGUUUUCGUCCACGUCGAAAACGGAGCGGAGGCCGUGCUUUUCCACGUGUUUUAAUAACGCGGUGAGCACGUGGUUCGCCUGCUUAGAGGCUUUUUCUCCGUUCGUGAAGAAGCAGUUUUUAUACUGCUCCUGUGCGUCUGCGACUUCCUCGCCCGGAGUUAAGACGGAAGGCCAGACGACUUUCACCUCUGUUUUCUUCUCGACGCCGUUUACGCGUCGGUAGACGAAGAAUUUUUCUCCUUCGCUAGCCGGGCGCGUGUCGUCAUAGGAGAGGAUUUUGUCCUCUCCGCUGCUGUUCAAAGCCGUUGCGAUGGCCUUUGCGGUCUUCUUCGCGAACGUUUUGAACAGAGCUGCCGUCUCCGGCGGCUCCUCGGAGGACUCUUCGCUUUUGUCGGCGAAGUCCACGGAGUCCUCCUCCUCUUUCUUUUUGGCUUCGAGCUCCGCCUUGCGCUGCUUCUCCUCUUCUUCGAGGAGCUUUCGGUCCUCCUCCUCGUGCGCCUUGCGGACCGACGUCCACGGCGUCUUGGCCGGCUUCGCGUCCCAGUCGUUGAGCACCUCUUUGUUGGUGCGCUCGAUCAGGUAGCGGACUAUCACCUCCUUUUUGGCGGUCUGCGCCGGGACUUCCGCCAGGUUCAGCUGCGGGUUUUCCUCCCGAAACUUUCGUUUUUCGGCGAGCUUCGCGCCGGCUUCAAAAGUCUCUUUUUUAAUCAGAGACUUCGAGGCCCAGGGUUCGGCCGUUAGUUCCUCGUGGUAUGCGCCCAACCACAAGUGGAACCACAUCAAGGUGGUGCCCUGUUCGGUUAGGGUUCCACCUUCCCCCACGAAGCGCGGGUCCUCCAGGUCUUUUUUGACCGUGUCGAUGAAUUCCGUUUCCGGAAGUUCACCGACCAUCUGUCGGAGUGCUGCAAUCCAGUCCUGGAUGUUUGCGCAGAAGAUGAGUUUAUCCUCAUACUGCGUCUUCUCCUCCAGCUGCUUUUGCAGCGCCUCCAUGGCCUCCGCCAUGGAGGGGUGAAACAGUGAUCCGUCGAUCAGUUUCAGAAGGGCUUUGCCCUUCUCGUCGACGUCCUCGCUCCCCACAGGAUUUUUGCCUGUGUGGAUGACGAGGUCUCCGACGCUUUUCAGGGAGGUCAUUUUGUUUUUUGUUUUGCUGAAAACCAGAGUGCGGGGGCACUACUAGUCACUAGUUUCUAGAUUGCGAUUAUACGCGCACAGAAAGUCCCUGGAUUUUUGGGAAAAAGAAAAGUUUUUAGACCUGCCCAAGCUAGCUUUCAGCUUGAGGUUACGAAAAUGUGCUGCCACAAGCGCCAAACCCUCGCGGCGAUUUUUGCCCCGCGAGGGGAUGGCGCGCCGCGCGCGCGGCGGAACUCGAUUUUUACGAGCUCCCCAGCACCCCCCACUGGGCGCCACGCGCCUGCCCACCGCACCGCCGGAGGGCGCGUUGGCCCUCCCGCGGCCUACGCACGAGCGCUUUGGCCCGUGCGCCGGCAGCCCGCUCCGCUCCGCUCCGCUCUGCUCCGCUCUGCAUGUGAACUCCGCCCCGUGGGUGUAGCAUUAACGCUCUCACCCGACCGCACCCGAGCCUCCGCGGAGGCGCGAACCGUGGUUCGCCUUCGCCGAGAUGCGCCAUUGCAUCGACCGGCGGCGUCGCGCGUGAGUGCAUUUUUCGCACCGCACACGACGGGGUUCGCGGGGCCCGUUGCCCCCAACCCUCUCCCUAGUUGGUCCCUCAGCCGACAUUUUUUGUCGACUGUCGUCCAGGAACCUUCCAGAGAGCGUAUCUUUUCUCUCACCUAAGUUAACUCACCAGUUAGUAUAAUCACUUCCCCCGCAAGCUCCUCCAGUGCAUAUAUAAAGACCACAACAAACAAUGUAUUGAAAUAACUCAAACCAUGUUUACUGUAUAUUUCUAUUUUUGGCGGACCACGAAAGAUGUUCUGGCCUCGUUCAGACAUCACAGACGAGGUCUGCACAAUUAAUAUUGGAUGCUUUUUCCAGCAGUUGUUUUCCAUGAUAAUGUUUUGAUUUUGGUUUUCUUGGACAGUAGCCAGGGAAAGAAAUUUCUAUCGCAAUAGUCUGCACUGAAAACUGUGCGAUGGGGAGACGGACAUCGUUCGCGGUGGCAGGUACUAGGUGUGUAAUUUCUCCUGCCUUUACUCCUAGGGUUCAGCAUUUUAAAAUCGUAGGGGCAUUAGCGUAGUUGUUCAGGAGAUUAAG